GUUUAAAUUAAAAAGAACAAGCUUGACUGUAAACAAGAAAGAAAAGCUGUUUGUGGAUUUUUCCCUCGCUAGGAAAUAAAAAAGACAUUUUCAUUCAGAAGACAGGUUUCAAGGAAGACCACCAAACCGGUACCUGGCAGAAGUGGUCGCUCUCUGUUUUGACUUCUCAACAUGGCAUCCGUGAGAGAGGUGUCCAGCUUCACUGAGGACCUGCUGUGCCCCAUCUGCCUCUCCAUCUUCCGAGACCCUCACAUGCUGGAGUGCGGCCACAGCUUCUGUGCUCCGUGCUUGGAGCCCUGCAUCCCCAAGGGCCAGAGGCGGGGGCUUUGCCCGGAGUGCCGGCGUCCUUUUGCCUUGCGCCGCAUGGCUGUCAACCGAGCCCUCUGCAGCUUGGCCGAGAAGGCCCGGCUUCUCAAGCUGGACGAGGGACCCCAGCUGGGUGGGACUGGAGGCUGGUACUUCUGUGAGGAACACGAGGAGCCGCUCAAGCUCUUCUGCAGCCAGGAUGAGGGGCCCGUUUGCGUCAUCUGCCGGGACUUGCCUCAGCAUCGUGGGCAUGACUUCCUGCCCAUCAAGAAUGCAGUUCAGGCCUACCAGGAUCAGCUGAAGGCAUCUUUAAUGCCUCUGGAAGAGGGUCUCCGUCAGCUGAAAAUGAGCCAGUGCCGCCAGCAGGAGAACAUUAUAGAAUUAAAGACGUGCUCUGAGUCCUUGUCCGACCAUGUCUCCGGGGAGUUUGUUAAGAUGCACCAGCUGCUGAGCGACAGAGAGCUAGGCUUAAAGGAGGCCCUGGAGAAUCAGCGAGAGAAAAACUUGGCCCAGAUGGAAACCAAGCUGAAGGAAUUGAAUUGGAAGGUGGCCUCUUGGUCAGAGACCCUCUGCCGAGUGCGGGCAGGACUGGACUGCAAGGACCAAAUCAGUUUCCUCAAGGAGGCAAAGGAGCUGUUGGAGAGGGUCCGCAAGGAGCAAGGAGCCCAGGCUGAAGAGGAAGAAGACAUAGAAGCCGAGAGGCUAGAAGAAGGGUUGGGGGCCAGUAGCGAAGACACAGAUGAGUGUGAGAAUGAAGCAGAAGAGGGGCUGGGGAGAGAUGGUGAAGAUGCUGAUGAGGAAGAGGAGGAGGAGGAGGAAGAAGAGGAGGAGGAGGAAGAGGAGGAGGAAGAAGAAGAGGAGGAGGAGGAGGAGGAGGAAGAGCAAGAGACAGUAGCAGCAGCAGCAACUGCAGAGGAAGAGGAGGACAAUGAAGAUGGAGUGGUGCCUGUAGACUUGAACCUGGGCGAGUUCAAGGGUCCUCUGCAGUUCUAUGCCUGGAAGGAGCUCCUGGGGGCAGUGCAUCCAGUCCCAGCAUGCAUCACUUUGGACUGCAACUCCGCUCAUCCCAGCCUGGUCCUUGUGGAGGAAGCCACCGGAGUCAAGUACAGCCCGGGCCGACGUUUCUGGCGACGGAAGCCGGAGCGCUUCACCUCCAGCCCUUGUGUGGUGGGGCGGAAGGGCUUCACCACUGGGCGGUUCUAUUGGGAGGUACGAGUCGGGGACAGCACCGGUUGGGUGGUUGGGGCAGCUAAAAAGUCUGUGAAACGCAAGAAGCGCCUGAACUUUCGACCCAAGGAAGGCGUGUGGGCUAUUGAGUUGAGGGCUGGGCAGUACCGAGCCCUGAGUGAGCCCCGGACCCCACUCUCCGUCUGUGGGAGGAUGGAUAAGGUUGGAGUCUACUUGGACUUUGAGGGGGGACAGCUGUCUUUUUACAACAGCAGCAGCAUGAACCAUCUCUACACCUUCCAAGUGUCAUUCCACGAGGAGUUGCUUCCAUUCUUGAGCACCCAAGGUAGCCACCCCCUCUCUGUGUGGGACCUGGAGCUAUGAGUCCCUGCGCUUUUCCACAUGAGGCUGUUCAUUGGCUGUUAAUAUACUCUAUAUAUUUUUAGUUACAUCGCAGAACGGAGAGCUGAGCUCUACAUAGGACCGUUUCCUUUCCCAUUUUCCCACUAGGUCACCUCUAGGUGGCAACGUGGCAUAGCAAAAUAACGGAAAAACAAAUGGAAAAAAGCAUUUUCUUUCGCUUUCUUAAAUAAUACCGCAUUUCCCCUGCACUAAAAAAAACUUGCAGAAAGUGCACUUUAGACACAAAAGUGAAAACUGGAGGGGCUUGAUGUCAUCUAAAGAACCCAUGAUAAAUGCCUCAGGUACAAAAGUCCCCUUGCUCAAAUUGCAAACAAAUAAGCAAACAAAACCUAGUUAAAAUUAAGAAUAAGAAUUCAUUCGGAUGUGGGAUUUUUUUUUUAGUCCUUCACAGAUUUGAAGGUGUUUGAUAAAGCCAGUGAUGCCCAUGUUAUUAUUAUUUUUAGCACAUGAUGGUCUGUGGUUAUAGAGGUGGAUUUGCCAGCUUCAAAACUGGUCCCUCUUCACCUGUUAUCUUCAACAGCAGUUUGACCUGUAGACCUUGGCCAGUGAUAAUACUCAUUUCCAUCCCUGUUGCAAAUCCCUGUUGCCUGCUCAUUUCAGUGCAUUAAGCUAUAAUUGAAAAACACAAGAGUAGCCCAUCUUACCCGCCCAGCCGGCCUCUUGGCAAUUCUUUUUGCGUAUUUUUUUAGAAAACAUUUAUUUGAUCAGAGACUGGAAUGGGAAAGGAAGCGGGGGAAGCACCACCCUGUACCUCUUUCAAUCUUCUGAAACACUCUCAUCUUGUGCCCUUGAUUUUCUAGGGGUGGGGUGGGAUUGUAUUUUUCAUAUCAACUGUUUCGUUAUUUCAAAGCCUGUGCCCCUCAUUUUUGGGAGCAGAGAUACCUUAAAAUCAUAGAAUAAUAGAGUUGGAAGGGGCCAAUAAGGACAUCGAGUCCAACCCCCUGCUUAAUGCAGGAAUCCACCCUAAAGCAUCCCUGACAGAUGGUUGUCCAGCUGCCUCUUGAAUGCCUGUAGUGUGGGAGAGCCCACAACCUCCCUAGGUAACUGAUUCCAUUGUCGUACUGCUCUAACAGUCAGAAAGUUUUUUCCUGAUGUCCAGCUGGAAUCUGGCUUCCUUUAACUUGAGCCCGUUAUUCCGUGUCCUGCACUCUGGGAGGAUCGAGAAGAGAUCCUGGCCCUCCUCUGCGUGACAGCCUUUCAAGUAUUUGAAGGGUUGUUCACAUCAACCCAUCAGCCUGAUAUAUGGUGGCUGUGGGGCUUUUAAUUCCUCCUCUCGGCCCCAGCAGCUCCAUCUAGCCGAGAUACCCAUUUCUGUUUGAUCUGUGUCAGACUUUUCCAUGCAUCUUGGACAUCUAUGAAACUAUGCCAAGGAAUGUCUUGGUUAGUCGAACUGUACGCCUGCCAAACUCCUCUCCUCCCCCAUAGUUCUGUGCCAAAAAUGCUGAGGCACUUAUGAAAAUUAAGAUUGAAUCCUGUGCCUUGACCCUCCUCUGCUAUUGCACACACUUGGAAUACGGUUUAAAUGCACAGCAGCUGCAUUCCCCAUUCAUACAUCUCCACUCAGCUGUAACCUUCAAGUGACCUCUGUCAAUGGCAAUAAAUGUUAGCUGCU